AGGCAUUUCUAGCCAGAAGACCCAUUGACUGGUGAAUGAUGAAGUAUACUGUAGGUCAAAUACACACAUGGUCCCAUAUACCGUACACACACAUGCACAAAUUAAUUCUAUGUUAACAAUCGUGAAUAAACAAUGCAUUCUAUUCUUCAUCAGAAGAAUCCAGUUACUUCUUGCGGGGUGUAUGAAUGUGACUCAACUGUCUCCAACAGUCUGCAUGAGAACCUCACCCACUUUUUAAAACCAGUGCAGGGGUCACCACUUAAAGUGUCAUGUGCCUAUUUCUGGUGAAACCAACACCUCACUUCACAGUGAUAAAAGCCCAUCGUCUCCCACAAUAUUCAAAAUUCACAGAAAGUUCUACAAACUUGUCUGUUUCGUCCCCUCUCACCCUCAGAGUCACAGAUGUGAGGAGGGUCUUCUGCCAUGAGCCAUAUGGUGGCAUUAAAGCUGUGUGUGUGCGUGUAUUUGGGGACGGGGCGUGUUUUGCCAAGUACCAAGUCUUGACAAACCUUGUUCUCGUGAGGACAUUUUGCUUUCUGAGGACAUUUUGCCCUGAUCUUACACGGUUUAGCGGUUCAAAACAUCUGUCAAAGUAGUUUAUUAUAAUGGGGCAAGAUUGAGUAUUGGUUAAGGUUAGCCUGUGUUUUGGAUGGUUUAGUUAAGGGUGAGAGGCUGGGGAAAGGGUUAUGGAAAUGAGAGGUCCUCACAAAAGUAGCUAAACUUGUAUUGAUAUUCUUGCGUGGACCAAUCUUUGACAAGACACUGAUCUUAUGAGGAUAUUUUGGCUGGGCCACAUAGAGUUUUGAGGGAGAAAACCUCAAAAUAACUCGGUCAUCACAACUGGGUUUCAGUUUGGCUUAGAGUCCUGGUUAAGGUUAGUCAUGUGUUUUGGAUGGUUAGGUAUAGGGGUAGACAGGGAAAGGGUGAUGUCAAUGAGAGGUCCUCACAAGGCCAGAGAUACAUGUGCGUGUGUGUUCGAGGCUGGGGAAGGCAUUAUGACAAUGGGAAACCUCACAAUGUCCCCACAGGGAUAGCAAUACCAACGUUUGUGUGUGUGUGUGUUGAGAGAGAGGAGGGCAACUGGGGAUCAAGGUGUCAGAAGGGAGGGUGUUUAAAUUUAACUGCAACAGGGCUGAUAUCUGCAUGGCAGGUCCUGUCUCCCCCACUGCUCUGUCUCUCUCUCCCUCACACAUACGCACACACAAACCAUCUCUGCGUUCAGACACCAGCAGCGUCAGCUCUGUCAGGACUCUAUUGCAAUCCCACUGUCUGGAUUGUAUCAAGGCUAGCCAAGGACACGAGAGGCAAGAGAAGCAAACAUUAAGAGAGAGGAUAACAGCUGAUCCAUCUGCAGCUCUGCAGAGGCUCGAUUGCGCUGAGGGCUAACGCACUUCAACAAGAGGUAGGGGAAUAUGCGAUCCCGCAGCAAUAGUCUGGAGGAUGUGACAAAAUCCAUGUCUGGACAUGAGCCAGCGGACACACAGAGACGAAGCACAGAGCAGGAUGAGCCCUCGCUAAGAGCAGAGCGCCGGGGUCGACACCGGAAGCCACCAGAUGACACAGGUACAAUCCAGCGGAAUCAUAAGGCAGCCAAGAUCAGCUGUUGCAUCAGCAGCAGCAGCGCGAGUGCGGCUACAAAAGGAGGCCGCAGGGAGAAGGGCCGAGACCUUUCCCGAGACGACUUGGUGUUUCUGCUGAGCUUGCUGGAAGGAGAGCUUCAGGCCAGAGAUGAAGUGAUUACAGUUUUGAAAGCAGAAAAAAUUGAUCUGGCCCUAUUGGAGGCCAAAUAUGGAUUUGUCACACCACACAAGGUCCUGCAGGCUCUGCAGAGAGAUGCCGUCCAGGGCAAAGCUGAUGGCCUCCAAGAAGACAUCUACGAAAGGCCCAUGUUAGAGCUGGACAAGCUGGUGGAAAAGCAACGGGAAACAUACCGACGCAUGUUGGAGCAGCUCCUGAUAGUGGAGCAGUCCCACAAACAGGCUCUUUACAAGCUGGAAGAUGAGAAGAGAAACCACGGAGAGUUUAUAAGGAAGAGCGAUGAGUUCACCAAUCUGCUGGAGCAGGAGCGGGAGCGGUUGAAGGUGCUCAUUGACCAAGAGAAGGCUUAUCGUGAAAUCAAGGACGAAGAAAAUGACAAAAAAGUGGCUGGCCUCAAGGAGGAGUUGACAAAACUGAAGUCUUUUGCGUUGAUGGUGGUGGACGAACAGCAGCGUCUCACCGAUCAGUUGAACCUCCAAACAGCAAAGGUCAAAGAACUGACAGCUAGCACUUCACAGGCCCAGCUGGAUCUGAGCUCAGCUAAUGCCCGUCUGUGGGAAGAGGAGCAAAAGGUGAUUCUCUUGGAGGCCAAGCUCCAAGAGCAAGUCAUCCAAUACCAACAGGAACAAGAAGUUAUGACCGCUAAGCUGACCAACGAGGACUUCCAGAACAGGCAGCUGCGUCACAGACUGUUGACUCUCAGCCGGCAACUUGAUGAACUGGGGGAGACUAAUAAGACUCUGCGUAGGGCAGAAGAUGAGCUGCAAGAGCUCCGGGACAAAAUCGGCCGGGGACAGUGUGGUAACUCUGGACUCAUGUCUGAGCUGGAAGAGUUGAGGAAAAGAGUACUCGAAAUGGAGGGGAAGGAUGAGGAGUUCAUCAGGAUGGAGGACCACUGCAGGGACCUGAACAAGAAACUGGAGAAUGAGGCCAACCAAAGUCUAACAUUAAAAGCUGAAGUUGAGAAACUUAACCACAGAAUAAUGGACUUGGAGAAGCUGGAGGACGCAUUUAGCAAGAGCAAGCAGGAAUGCUGCUCACUUAAGAGUAACCUGGAGAAGGAGAAGUCUGUGUCAAAGGUCCUGACUGGGGAGUUAGAGGUCUUGAAAGUGCGGGUAAAAGAGCUGGAGUCUGCUGAGAGUCAGCUGGCAAGAACGGAAGGGACCCUGAAGGAGGAGCUAAGCAAGCUAAAAACUCUGACAGUUAUGCUCGUGGAUGACAGAAAGGUAAUGGCAGAGAAGCUCAAGCAAAUGGAACACAAGGUGCAGAACAGCAACGGCAAACUUCAAGAAGAGCAGGACAAGGUCAUGUCUGUCACAGAGAAGCUCAUUGAGGAAAGCAAGAUGGCACUGAAGUCCAAAGCUGAGCUGGAGGAGAAAAUGUGUUCUGCCACAAAGGAAAGAGAUGGCCUGAAGGCCAAGCUGCGAGUGGAGGAAGAAAAGAACAUUGACUUAGAAUCAAAAGUAAGCAUGAUGAUGAAAAGGUUGCAGUCUUUGGAGACCAUUGAGAAAGAGUACCUGAGGAACAAAGUGAAAGAGGAUAACAUAACAACGUCGAUCACUAACCGUUUCCAGCAAGAGGAUAACAAAGUGAAGGAUUUGACUCAAGAGGUGGAACGUCUGAGACAGAAGCUAAAGGACAUGAAGGUUGCGGAGGGUGACAUGUUUAAAACGGAGGAUUUGGAAUUACUGGAGAAAAAGUUCAUCAAUGAACAGGAGAAGGCCCAGGCUCUGAUGGAAGAGCUAGAAUCAUCCAAGAAAGAGCUGACUAGGUGUCAGCUGGCAGAGAAGAAUGACAGCAACCAAGAGCAGGUUCUCUUCAAACGCUUAAAGGAGGAAGAAGCAAAGUCAAGUCAUUUGUCCAAAGAGGUAGCUGCUCUGAAGGAGAAGAUCCAUGAAUACAUGGGAACGGAAGACUCGAUCUGUCGCAUGAAAACUGACCAAUUGACUCUCCAACGAAAACUGACGCAGCAGGGAGUCAGAAACAAGGAGCUUGUAAGAGAGAUGGAGACCCUCACACGGGAGCUGGAGAGAUACAGACGAUUCAGCAAAAGCCUGCGCCCUGGCAUGAAUGGGAGGCGCUUUUCUGACUUGCAUGUAUCCACCAAAGAAGUCCAGACAGAGCCUAUUUACCUUUUGUCUCAGACGACACUGGUCCCCCUGGAACGGGCUGUUGUUAACGGGAAACUGUACGACGACAGUGAACCUGAGGACAAUGCCAACUACAGCAACAAGCUCACAAACUGUAGCGCUUCCCUCAUCAACAACAACCUCAACAACAUCAGGAAAGCACGUGUCCCGCUACUGAAGAACAAAGAUGGUGCCCAUCUGGUUAAUGGUAAAGUGCAAACACGCCAAAAUGGAAACCAUGUCCAGUCUGGAGAUGUUGUGCUGACUCAGAGUCCUGGACAGCCUCUGCACAUUAAAGUAACGCCAGACCGUGAGCACAACACCGCCACACUGGAGAUCACUAGUCCUACGACAGAGAAUGCUCAGUCAUUCACCAGCACAGCGGUAAUACCCACAAGUGGAGGUCCAUCCAAGCAGAGAAUCACAAUUAUCCAGAAUGCCUCCAUGUCCCCAAAUCUGAAAUCCAUUUCCCCUUCUUCAAAUGUGUGUUCACCGAUCUCUGAUGAACCUUGUUCCUCAGAUAGAGCCCUGUCCCCUGUCAACAUGGCGACGUACUCCAGGUCAAUGACCCCCAAUUCCAGCGGGUCCCUCACGCCAGAUAGAGCAGUGUCCCCGAUUCAAAUCGUCUCAGUCACAACAGGUACCCCUGAGAGGUCCGUGUCAACAGAGCCCCUGGAGGUUGUCGGAGGACAUGCUGUCUUUCGCGUCAGUCCUGAGAGACACAACAGCUGGCAGGUCCAGAGGCCCAACAGCAACGGGCCCAAUGUUAUAACAACAGAAGACAACAAAAUCCACAUCCACUUAGGGAGCCCCUACAUCCAGAGCAUCACCCCAACACAAACUUUAAGUCAUGGGCCUGGACAUCAGAAGCAGAGGACUGUGACUGACUGUAACACAGCUACCGUCAAAAGCAGCAGCAAAAUUACAAGUAGCAUCAUGAUUAAGCCCACCUCCUCUCAAAUCCAAAGACCGUCACAGAUUACACUACCUCUGGAAGCAUUCCGACGACCAGGACCCACAAGAAUCCCCAAACCGAAGGGUUUCAGUGGCCAGAAGGGGAUGACAAAUGGUUCAACUGCAAACACCGCACUCCAUCCCAAGGGUGGGAACCAUCUGGGACAACCAACAGGGAAUGUCUCGACCACACACACCCCAGCUGGUAACAACAACAGCAAUCCAAACCUGGUCAACCGCAGACUGUGAUUUCACUAUUUACAACUUGUUUUCAGGGAGUUGGUACGACAAUCCAGACAGACUGUACACGUUGUCUAAGGGGGUACUCUAGUGAUGGGUAGAUGAGGUUUCAUGACACAGUUUCCUGAUUUUCAGGUCAGCAGAUGGCGCUGUCUGCUGUAAAAUGUUAGGACUUGAAAAACUAAUUCAGUGAAACCUCACUUAUUUCUAAACCAAGGGCGCCAUCUAGAGGCCAAUGAGAAUUACGCCACUGUGUCAUCAACCCUGCAACACUGUUUGAUACCUCAUCAACCACUUGAUGACUCCAUCACCCUCCAACAUUGGUGCUCUCAUAAUUAUAUAGUGAAUCCCUUGUCAACAGGUGCUACUUGAGGUUUGCAAGCAAGUUAUUAGAAAUCAGUAAUACUGAUAAAAUAAUAUGGUACUUCAGCAGACCUUUAAUAUCCACAGAAUUACGUGUUCCUCAGAGGAAGUCUCAGUAGGAAAGUCAUUCGGUCUCUUCGACCAACGUGAGCUUCACGUGAUUAAUUGUAACAAAGGUCUUUCAAUGUUGCUGUCAGCAUUUGUCAGUCCAUUUCUAAAAAAAAUGUGUUCAGGAGGCUGUUGUUUGAGGGGUAAGACUCAAAGCGAAUGAAUUAUGAGGAAAAAUGUACAAAAAUGUUCUUGUAUCUAACUUCUUCAUUUGUACAUGUGAUGUGUUUAUUUCUGGUCAAUAAAG